AGCUGCUAUCGAUGAGAUAGAAGCGAAUUUUAUCAGAUUGACGAAAAAAGGUCCGGGAAAGAAAAGGAAAAAGGAAAAAAUCAAAAUAAUGGCACCGAAAGUCCUCUUUGUCCUUACGUCGCAAAAGGUUCUUGGCGAGAGUGGGAAGCCGACUGGGUGGUACCUGCCCGAGUUUGCGCAUCCAUACCACGUCCUCUCCCCGUAUGUCACCAUCGCCGUCGCUUCCCCGGCUGGGGGAGAAGCCCCGCUCGACCAGGGCAGCGUGGAGAAGUUCGGGGCCGAGGACAUCGCGGCCAGGUUCCUCGAGGAGAAGAGCGAGCUAUGGAAGGACACUAUCAAGCUCGAGGACCUGAACGCAGAAGACUACGACGGGAUCUACUUUGUCGGUGGCCAUGGGCCAAUGUUCGACCUCGCCCGCGCACCCACCGUUAUAUCGCUCGUUAAGGCAUUCGCCGAUGCGGAUAAGCUCGUAGCUGGUGUUUGCCAUGGAUGUGCUGCGCUUCUGGACGUCGAGCUUUCUAGUGGAAAGCUGUUGGUUGACGGCGAGCCGCUGACUGCGCUCUCAAACGCGGAGGAGGACGGAACUGGCCUCUCCAUUUUCAUGCCCUUCAUGCUGGAGACGGAGUUGGUGAAGAAUGGCGCAAAGUAUGAGAAGGCUGAUGAGCCGUGGGGAGCGAAGGUUUGUGUUGGCAGGGGGGGGAAGCUAGUCACUGGACAGAAUCCGGCUAGCGCUUUGGGAGUCGGGGAGGGGAUGAAGGUUGCUUUGAGAGUUUAG